AUGGCUGAGGCUGUUGUUUUCUUUUUUCUACGAAAAUUGGGCGAUCAACUCGCACAAGAAGUUCAGCUCCUCUCUGGAGUUGAAGGGGAUGUAGCGUGGAUCAAAGCCGAGCUUCAAUCCAUGAAAUCCUUUCUGAAAGAUGCUGACAGACGAAGAGAGAGGGAUGCAGGUGUGGAGGCUUGGAUUAUGCAAGUUCGGCGGUUAGUCUUCGAUGCUGAAGAUGCUGUGGACGAGCACAUGAUCCAAACGGAGAUGCAUCGCCGUCUCAGGGACGGCCGCAUGGGCUGUCUAGUUUCCCAUGCUUGCUUUUUCAGGCAUGUGAUAACUAAAUAUCAGUUCAGUUCUCGGAUGCAAAGGAUUAGAAAGGAGGUGAAAGAUAUCCGUGAAAGGAGGACUCGAUACGAGUUUCAUACUCCCUCUCAGGAAGGGAUGAGUUCAAAUUCUGCAGAUAGCGGACCAAGCGAUCCAGGAGUUGCCGCUUCUUGGGUCGAAGAAGCAGACAUCGUGGGGCUUGAGAACGACGUCAUGAAACUUGGGCAAUUGUUGCUGAGAGAAGAGGAGAUACAACAGCGUACUGUCAUUUCAAUUGUUGGUAUGGGUGGUCUGGGGAAGACUACUCUUGCAAAGAGAUUCUAUAGAACUGCAAAGACAAGUUUUGAAUGUCAUGCAUGGAUUUAUGUGUCUCAAUCGUUCCAAAAGAAGGAUAUCUUGAAGCGCAUGCUUGAAGGAUUUUAUGAGAGCAGGCGGGAGGUGGUUCCAAAUCAUACAGAGACAAUGGAUGAGGAAAAAUUAGCAGAGAUGAUCAACGACUACUUGCAAGGAAAAAGGUACGCUCUAUUCCUUGAUGAUAUAUGGGAUAGUCGUGUUUGGGAAGAUAUAAAACAUGCUUUGCCUCGCGAGGGUGGAGGUAAGAUCAUCUUCACAACUCGCAUUCAAAACAUAGCUUCUCCUGUCGAUGAGAGUUGCUAUUUAUACAAAAUGGAGCCAUUAUCUCAUGAUUCAGCUUGGGAGCUCUUUUGUAGAAAGACAUUUAGGAGUAAAUGUCCUCGAGGAACUUGCCCGCAACACUUGAAAGAAGCAGCAGAAGCCAUAGUCGGAAGAUGCAAAGGUUUACCGCUUGCGAUUGUGGCAAUUGGUGGCCUCUUGUCAAAGAAAAGCAUGAAUCCAUCCGAAUGGAAUGCGGUUCUUGAAAAUCUUGAUUGGGAAUUGGGCAACAAUCAAGAUCUCUCAAGACUAAAUACAGUGCUGCUAACAAGUUACAAUGACUUACCUCCUCACCUCAAAUACUGUUUCUUGUAUUGUGGUCUGUUUCCUGAGAACCAUAAAAUCAAGAGAAACAAGCUGAUUCGUCUGUGGGUUGCUGAGGGCUUCGUCAAGGAACAACAGCGAAAGACACUUGAAGAAGUCUCCGGUGAUUACUUUGUUCAGCUCAUGGACAGAAACUUAAUCCAACCUGUCAUUCUUGAAUAUACAGGAGAAUUGAUAGCAUGUCAAGUGCAUUAUCUGAUGCGUGACAUUGCUAUCCAUAUGUUUAAGAAGGAAGAAUUUGCAGCAAUCCUAAAAAAUGAAAGAAAUACUUUCGAAGAAAUGCCGCGUCGGUUGGCAAUCCAAAACACUGCAAUUAGCAUUCCAGGAACCAUGUCUGAAUUGAAUCCUCGGUCACUUCUUGUAUUUAAUGACAACAAGUUUCCCUCUUCCUCUUUGUGUACAAUGUUUUCUGAAUUUAAAUUAUUGAGAGUAUUAGAUCUAGAAGGCACAAAAAUAAAGAUUUUUCCGAAUGAAGUGGGAAGCUUGAUUCACUUACGGUAUUUGAGCUUGAGGAGGACACAGAUUAAGGAACUCCCAGAUUCAUUGCGAAGACUGCACAACCUACAAACGCUCGAUGUUAGAGAUUCCCAAAUGAAAGGUUUACCCACUGGAAUAGAGAUGCUUUUGAAAUUGAGGCAUCUUCUUUUAAGGAAAUUUUAUGGCAGAAGGGAAUUCUAUAAGGUGCUUAAGCAAACAGCCAGUUUAAGCAACCUCCAAACACUAUCAGGUGCAUCAGUGGACAGUGGCUUUUCAAGAGAGUUGGGUUCCUUAACCCAACUUAAGAAAUUAGCAAUUGGGGAAGUAAAAGGGGAAGAUUGUAGAGAACUAUGUAAUUCCAUUACUCAGUUGAAAUGGUUACGUUCCCUCAAAAUAAUGAGCCUUGGCCGAAAUGAAGAAGUUCGUUUAGAAGAAUUGUCACAGCCUCCACAAUGUCUUGAGAAACUACAUUUGGUAUGUGGGAUGAAGGAGCUUCCCCAAUGGGUUGGUUCUCUCAACUGUCUUCAGGUGAUGAAACUCUGGCAUAGUCAAUUUGUGAAAGACCCAUUCAUCAUCCUUGGACAGUUACCCAAUCUGGUGUACUUGUCUCUCAUUAAUGCCUAUGUGGGGAAGCAGAUUUGUUUCAGGUCUGGAGGAUUUCCCAAGCUCAGAACCAUGGAAAUCAAUGAUAUGAAGGAAUUGGAAGAGUGGAGUAGAAUAGAGGAGGGCACAAUGCAAUCUCUACAGUGUCUCUUUAUUUACAGUUGUCCAAAGCUACAGAUGCUGCCAGAUGGGCUUCAGCACGUCGCUGUCAUCCAACAACUAUAUUUAGGUGAGAUGCCAGAAGAAUUCAUGGAGAGGGUAAAGAGGGGCGGAGAAGAUCAUUUCAAGGUGCAUCACAUACCUGAAAUUAGAACACUUCGUCGAGUUGGUGAGGAAUACAAGUCAGACAGAAUUGCUGUAGAUAGAGAAAAGAACGAAUAG